AAAAGCGCUACCUUUCGAAUCGAAGGGUCGCCGAUCGAGCCCUAAUCCUUUCACCGAAGGUUUCGCCAUGGCAGCCGUCGGCAAUCGAAGGCUUCCCCAGCUUCAUCUCACCCUCGAACUUCCGGAAACAGCCGCCGCCGUUGACUGUGGCGUCCGCUUCGCUCUUCCUCCUCUUCCGGCGGCAGCGGCGGCACUGUGCUCUUCUUCCUCUUCCUCCUCGUUGGCCCCGUCGACUGAGCUGCGGGUCUCGGACUUCGAGAAGAUUCGGGUGCUCGGCCACGGCAACGGGGGCACCGUUCACAGGGUCCGUCACCGCCGCAGUGCCGCCGUGUACGCGCUCAAGGUUGUCCGCGCAGAUCCGUUGCUCCGGCGUCAGGCGUACCGCGAGAUCGACAUCCUACGCCGCGCUUCGGACUGUAACCACGUGGUUCGUUUGCACUCCGUCAUCACCACCCCAUCCGGUGAUGUUUCUUUCCUCCUCGAGCACAUGGACGGCGGAUCCCUCGACGCCCUGCUCCGCCGACGGGGGAGCCGCCCCUUUCCGGAGUCCGCGCUCGCCUCCAUCGCACGCCAGGCCCUCCUAGGCCUCGCGGAACUCCACUCCCGCCAGAUCGUGCACCGCGACAUCAAACCCGCCAAUCUCCUCAUCAACUCCGUCGGCGUGGUCAAGAUCGCCGAUUUCGGGGUUGGCAAGGUGCUGCGGCGGUCGCUCGACCCCUGCGACUCCUACGUGGGCACCUGCGCCUACAUGAGCCCGGAGCGGUUCGAUCCGGCGUCGCACGGCGGGGACUACGACCCGUACGCGGCUGACGUGUGGAGCCUCGGGCUGGCGGUGCUGGAACUGCACCGCGGUCACUUUCCGCUGCUACCGGAGGGGGCGCAGCCUGACUGGGCGGCGCUGAUGGUGGCGAUCUGCUUAGGAGGGGCGAUCGGGACGGUAGCGGAGGGUGCCGCCUCGGGCGAGUUCCGGGAAUUCAUCGAGUGCUGCCUGCAGAAGGAGAGCGGGAAGCGGUGGUCGGUCGCGGAUCUUCUGGGGCACCCGUUCGUCGCCCGGGCGGAUGGCGCCGAGUCGGAGCGGGCGCUUCGUGAGCUAGUGCGGGAGAACUCGGUCGAGUCGUAACUCGCCUCACCUGCAGGUCCGAGUUCCGACUCGGCGCUCGUCGUUUAUCGUGUACAUAAAUGGAAUGGAAGUGGGGAGCAGUUGGGUUGGACCAACUACCAACUCCCACGUGUCCGGGAUUCUUUUUCGUUUUAGAACCUUCAAUUAUUUGAUGGACUCUCUUGAUUUCCCAUUUAACAGUAAAUGAAGGGCUCAGAGAUGAAACGAAACGAAAUGAAUUCACUGGAGAUUUUGGUUA